AGCACACUCCUCUCUCUUGACUCUCUCUCUCAUUUAGUUUCUCUCUCUAGAAAUAUCCGCAAUUAGCCGCCGUUGAUCAGCCACCGCAAUAUUUCAUCCUCCGCCGCUCGGUGAAUACUUCCGCCUACAGACAGCAGACGUUACUGCCUCUCAGAUUGCAUUGCCGUUUCCCUCCCUAGGGUUCUAGUCGCCUACUAUAUCACUGCCACACAACAAUGUACUUCAAAAACCUCACUUGAAAAGCCCUAAAUUUGCUAACCCUAUGUUUUUUUCUGAAAUUCGACUUUCUGCUGAAUUUCACGAUCCCUAACUCUGGUAAUUGGUAAUGUCUGGACCGCCGAGGGUGAAAUCGAUGAAUUUCACGGAACCGGAGGCUAGACCGGUGCUUGGGCCGGCCGGGAACAAAUCCAGAUCCGCUGAAUUACGGAAGCCUGUUCUGAAGCCGAAGAGUGAAAAGACGCAGAGGCCCCCGGACAUCGACGAGAGUAAGGGGAAGAAGUCCCCGGCGGCAUUGGAGUCGCCCGAAUUGGCGUCGGAGAAAAUUCCAUCUCCUGUGGGUUUUAGGAGAAGUGGCAGCAGCGCCGCCUCGAUUUUGAGGCAGCGGCAGGCGAAUUUGUCGCUGAAUGCAUCGUGUUCGUCAGAUGCUUCGUCGGAUUCUUCUCAAAGCCGGGCAUCGACUGGGAGGAUUAGCCGGCGGAGUGCGACUCCAACACCUCCUUUAAAGAGGAAGCCGCAAUGCAGCUCUAAAGGCGGGAAAAUUGAGAAUAAGGAGGGAUAUGGAAAAAAUGUUGGGGGUGAGAGUGAGAGUUUGGUGGUUGAUGGUGCUGCUGUUAAGAAAAGGUGCGCUUGGGUGACUUCUAAUACUGAUCCAUCAUAUGCUGCUUUCCAUGAUGAAGAAUGGGGAGUUCCUGUUCAUGAUGACAAGAAACUGUUUGAACUGCUUAGCUUUUCCACUGCAUUGGCAGAAAUAACAUGGCCCAUCAUUCUUAGUAAAAGACAUAUAUUCAGAGAGGUCUUCCUGGGCUUUGAUCCAGUUGCUGUGUCAAAAUUAAAUGAGAAGAAAAUUGCAACACCAGGAAAUCCUGCCUGCUCUCUUCUGUCUGAACUAAAGCUGCGAGCAAUUGUUGAAAAUGCACGUCAAAUUUGUAAGAUUAUAAAUGAGCUUGGCUCUUUUGACAAAUACAUUUGGGGUUUUGUGAACUACAAGCCUAUUGUUGGUAACUUCCGCUAUCCUCGGCAAGUUCCAAUUAGGACAUCAAAAGCAGACACCAUAAGCAAAGACCUUGUUAGAAGAGGAUUUCGAGGAGUAGGGCCUACAGUCGUCUACUCAUUUAUGCAAGUGGCUGGAAUUACUAAUGAUCAUCUCAUCAGUUGUUUCAGACAUCACGAUUGUGUAAUUGCAGGUGACUUAAGGGAUAAGAAUGAGGACGUAACAUCCAAGCACGAAGGUAAACCGCCUGAAGAUAUAAUGGAGUUGGAAUUAGUUAGAGAUAUUGAUGAUUUGAGUUUGUCCAGUUAGUACUUCUAUGGGUGUUCAGAUUGAUGCGCUGUAAUCUAUUGUCUAGUUUCCCACAGGUGAUGGGCUUUAUUGCCGACUGAAGUUUGUAUCCAAAUCAUUAUAAAUUAUUUUGUUCUU